UCCGGCUAGAUUUACCAUUUAUCUCUAGUUAUUCUAUCAUUUACUAUUAUCUACUGUAUUAGAUCUUACUACCUUUAGUCAACAUCAAAAAAUGUACUACAUCAUGACACAUUAUUGGACUAGUUAUUACGAAUAAAAUAAACCGUUGACCCGUCACAUUUUCCUUCUUCGAGCACCAUUACCAGCAGACUCUUCCCCUUCCUUCCCUUCAUCCCCUGAACAGUCAAUGCAAUCCAUGUCUUCCUCCAAUGCUUCAUCUUCCAACCUCAGAAACCCAAAAUGGAUAAACCGAGUUUUCAUAAGCUUCGAUGCGAAAGACGUUGAAGAGGAACCUUUCAUUUUCACUCUCUACGCACACUUGAAGAAAGCCGGAAUCCGAACAUGCUUCGACCCAGUAGACACGGUUCGCAGACGACAGGAAACACUGCCCUCACGGCUGCAAGCAAUCGAAAGGUCUCGGCUUUCUGUCGUUAUUUUCUCCAAAGGCUACGCUGGUUCUACCGAGUGUCUGGUGGAGCUGGAGAAUAUAAUGGACUGUCACAGAGUCAAGGGCCACAUAGUUUUUCCAGUGUUCUAUGGCGUGAACUUGUGGAAUGUGCGCAAACAAAAGGGUGAGUUUGGAGCUUUGUUUGAAGGAAUGGUCAAGAACGUGCACAAAGACAGAGUGUUGAAUUGGAGGAGAGCCCUUUCUGAAGCUGCUUUCUUUCCCGGUUGCCGUGCGACCCCUCGCCGUUAUCGUCAUACUAUUGUGGAUUUUCAGGCUUCUGAUGAAAUUGUGCACAUUGUUUGUAUGAUGCUAGAUGGUAAAUAUUUGUCCUGCACAUACCAUCAAAUUGGGAAAAGUAUUCAUACUAAAAAUAUCUAUGACAGCUUGAGUAAUGAUCUUGAAAGUGUUCACUUAGUAGGAAUAUGGGGAAAGGGAGGAAGUGGUAAAACAACCAUUGCCAAAGUCAUUUACAAUAACAUGUGUCACAGUUUUGAGGGUUCGAUUUUCCUUGCAAAUAUUAAGGAUGAAUGGAAGCAGGAUAAUGGCAAAGAAUAUCUACAAAAACAACUUCUUACAGAGAUCAAUAGUUCAACAGACUUGAUAAUGAAUAGCACGGAAAUGGAGAAAAUAUUGCCUCACAAACGGGUACUUGUAGUACUUGAUGAUGUGAGCCAAAGAGACCAAUUGAUUUCAUUAUGUGGAAGUCCAGUAUGGUUUGGUCCUGGGAGUAUGAUAUUGAUUACAGCUAGAGAAAAGCAUUUACUUGAUGACCUUGAAUUGGACUUUGAAUAUGAAAUGAAAGGAAUGGAAUCAAGUGAAUCACUUCAGCUUUUUGGUUCGCAUGCAUUUAAGAAUGAUAGUCCUGCUGGUAAUUUGAUUAAACUGUCAAAAAAGGCAAUUUCUCACUGUGGAGGACUGCCGUUGGCUCUUGAAGUUCUGGGCUCGUUGUUACUUGACAGAAAAAGAUCUGAGUGGAAAAGUAUAUUGAAGCUACUUAAAAGAAAUCAAAGCAAUGAGGUGCUAAAUAUACUAAAAGUGAGCUAUGAUUUUCUAGAUCAUAAUGAGAAAAAGAUAUUCAUUGAAAUAGCCUGUUUCUAUAUUGGAAUGGACAGACACAACAUUACACAAUUAUUAAAUGGCUGUGGACUUGCUGCGGAAACUGGGAUAAGUAAGCUCAUUGAACUGAGCCUUUUGAAGGUUGACAUGAAUAACAAGCUUGAAAUGCAUGAUUUAUUUCAAGACAUGGGAAGCGAUUUGAAUGAUUUAAAGCCAAAAUCCAAAUGGAUCCAUAAUGUGUUCCUGAGUUUCCGAGGUGUAGACACUCGCAGGUCGUUUACUUCUCAUCUCUAUGCAACUUUACAAAAUGCUGGCAUGGCAGUUUACAUGGAUGACAACCUUGAAAGGGGAGAAAAUAUCUCAUCGUCACUGUUGCAAGCUAUUGAAGUUUCGCGAGUUUCUAUCAUCAUUUUCUCAAUAAACUAUGCUAAUUCAAGAUGGUGCCUUCAAGAGCUGGAGAAAAUCAUGGAGUGUCACAGAACUCUUGGUCAAGAAGUUCUACCCGUAUUCUAUGGUGUGGAACCGUCAGAGGUGCGUAACCAAAUAGGAUCUUUUGGAAAAGCAUUAGGAGGACUUGUGCAGAGAAUCUCAGAUACAAAAGAUAUGAUUAUCAGUUGGAAAAGGGCUCUCACUGAAGCUGCAAACUUGUCUGGGUGGAAUUUAAAUGAUUACAGGGUUCGAGGCAAUAUGCAGCAGAGCUUCCUGAUUAUCACAAAUGAGUGGCAUCUGCGUAGUAUCCUCAAACCUUAGCUCUCUAAGUAACUGUUUGAGCCAUAUAAGCUCACAGGUGGCGGAGGCCUUUGCCCGAUACUCUGCUUCUUCACUUGACCUUGGCACUACAGUUCGUUUCUUGCUUUUCCAAGAAAUCAAGUUGCCACCAAUGAAAAUGCAGUAGCUAGAAGUGGAUCUCUUGUCAGUAGGAGAGCCAGCCCAAUCUGCAUCAGAGUAUCCUACAACUCAUGCAUGACAUUUGUCUUCAUACAAGAGACCGUUUCCUGGAGCUCCUUUAAUAUAUUUUAGAAUGCGAAUUACAUGGGAUGGAGUGAUGAUGCAUCGGGUGACUGUUCUUUUCCUAGUGACACUAAAUGGCUAACCUUCAAAGGCGAAGGUUCCUCAUUAUUUUUUAAAGUGCCUAACACUGGUAGCAAGUUGAAAGGAAUGACUCUGCGCAUAAUUUAUUCCUCUUACUUUGUCAAUCUGGCUUCUGAAUGGGAUCUUCUUAGUGUCUUGAUAAUAAAUCACACAAAGAACAUCGUUCAUCCCUACAAGCAAGACACAAGAACUUCCCUCAAUGAUGAAGAGUGGCAAGGAUUGUUGUCAAAUCUCGAACCUGGUGAUGAAGUGGAGGUUGUUAUAGUUUUGGAACAUCAAUUUACUGUGAAGAAGAUAAUAGCACAUCUAAUAUAUGAUGAAUUAGCUUAUGACAAAAUUGUGGAGUGUUCAUCAGCACCCGACAGGGGUCAAAUUUGAGAGAUGUGUUUUAGAUGAACGUGAAAUCUUCAGUCAUUCCUGCACCAGGUAACAAUUUUGACAGCACACACAUGCAUGCACUCACACCAACAAAUCUCACAGUUUACUCUGUCGAAUGCUUGAGCUUCAUUUAUAAUGGAGGCAGAUGUAGUUGGAAGGCAGAGAUUAUUCAAGGAUAUUACGGUUAAUUCAAUUAUUCCCUGGCAUAUUUUGGUGUAACUCCAAUACACAGAUCACACCAGACAAUACACAGCCACAGGUCAAUUUGCCUCAAAACCUCAAAUGAUAGAACUUGUGGCUGACUUUACUCCAAGAUAGGUUAAUCUAGCUUCUAACGUCAACAUAAAUUAUUUAUAACAUUUUGGUGAAUUCUACCAUACCCUCAUUGUAUGGUACAUGACUGACGUGAUUUAACAUGUACCAAUAGGAAACCGACAUCUGAAAGUGUAUUUGAAUUUUUUAUUCAUUUUAAAACAUAUAUAUGGUAAAAAGGAGAAACAUUCACUUAAAUAUUAUUGGUCCACGUCACAUCUUGUAUCAUACCCCAA